CAGCAGAGUCAGUGAAACGGAACCAAAGGGGAAAGAACCAAGAAAAGAGAGCGUGGAUAAGAACGUCGAGACGCGGAAGACCGAGGUCCGGACCAAGCCGAAGAGAGAGGCGACGCGACAAAGCCAUCCUUCCACUCUCCCGUCUCCCACCUGCGCAUCCGGUUCAGGGCCGCUGGCCAGCCAGAAGAUGAGAUUGCUAAACCGAGACCUUAAUCUCCAGGAUGUGACGGUGAUGUAUCUGACCACGGUGGUCACUCUGGUGGUGAUCCUGGUGGCAUCCUUCCAGGCGGGCAGUGCUCCGGGUGCAGCCCUCCCCUACCGUGUCCCUCUGGACCCCAAUGGAAACCUGCAGUUGUCCUGGAACAUAAACUACACACAGCAGGAGCUCUACCUCAAGUUGAGAGUGAGCCACUUGCACUACGGCGUGGUGCUUGGGAUGUCCGACAGGGGGGAGAUCUUCAAUGCGGAUCUGGUCGUGCUCUGGAGCGAUGGGGAGAGGUCGUACUUUGGGGAUGCCUGGAGUGACGGCAGUGGUCAUGUGACCCUGGACAGCCAGCAGGACUACCAGCUGCUAGAGGUGCAGGACACACAGGAUGGAUUUUACCUGCUGUUCAGGAGGCCCUUCAGCACGUGUGACCCCAGGGAUUACGUCAUAGAGGAGGGCACGGUGCAUCUCAUUUACGGCCUGCUGGAGGAGCCGCUCCCCGCCCUGCAGAAGCUCAACCUGUCCCUCAUCCACCCGGGGGUGCAGCGCGUUCUCCUGCUCCGCCCAGACAGCCCCACCCCUCCACUGCCCCCAGACGUCCGUACCCUGGAGAUCCUGGCUCCUGGCGUUACCAUUCCAGAGCAGGAGACCACAUACUGGUGCCAUAUCUACCAGCUUCCCGCCGACAUGCCAAAGAACCACAUCGUCAUGUACGAGUCGGUGGUAACCCGCGGCAACGAGGCCAUCGUCCACCACAUGGAGGUCUUUGAGUGUGCCCCCCAGCUGGAGAACAUACCCCAGUACAGCGGCUCCUGCGACUCCAAGAUGAAGCCAAGGAAGCUCAACUACUGCAGACACGUGCUGGCGGCUUGGGCCAUGGGGGCCGAGGCAUUCUACUACCCUUCAGAUGCAGGCCUCUCUCUCGGGGGACCAGGAUCUUCCAGGUUCCUGCGUCUGGAGGUGCACUAUCAUAACCCCCUGCUUACGACAGGCCGUCAGGACUGGUCUGGGAUCCGCCUGUACUACACCCCAACCCUGAGGAAGUAUGAUGCUGGUAUCAUGGAGCUGGGCCUGGUCUACACACCAGUGAUGGCCAUUCCCCCUGGCAUGACAGAUUUCCAGCUGACAGGAUACUGCACUGCCAAGUGCACACAGACGGCUCUGCCGCCCAGAGGGAUAAAUAUCUUCGCCUCACAGCUGCACACGCACCUGGCAGGGUAUAGUGUGAGGACUGUGCUGGUGAGGGGGGGGCAGGAGGUGGAGAUUGUGCAAGAGGACAAACAUUUCAGCACCCACUACCAGAUUAUCAGGACAUUAAAGAAGAUAGUAAACGUGUUACCUGGUGACGUGCUUCUCACUCGAUGUAUGUACAACACUGAAGAGAGAAAACGUGCCACAGUGGGAGGAUUUGGAAUUAUGGAGGAGAUGUGUGUGAAUUAUGUUCACUAUUAUCCGCGCACUCAACUGGAGCUGUGCAAGAGUCACGUGGACCCAGAGUACCUGCAAAAGUACUUCUCCUUCAUUAACAGGUUUCAGGGGAGGGAGACCUGUAGCUGUGGGCAGGCCGAUGUGACAGAGCAGUUCACCUCCCUGGCCUGGGACAAUUUCAGCAGCCAGGUUCUCAGCUCCCUCUACAACACGGCGCCCAUCACCAUGCACUGCAACCAGUCCACAGCUGAGCUCUUCCCCGUGAGUAGGGGCACCAAGCGCCCCCCCCUUUUCAUCUGCGAAUCUUCUGCAAGGGCCUGCAUGCCUCUAGCUUCCAAAGGAAUCAUAAGUACUUCAAUAAAUAAACACGGAAAACACAAUUUCAAAUCCAUGCAUAAGCAACAGAACAGAGAAGUCUGUUUCCUCAAGGAUUUGACAGCAACAUUGCUGUUGAUGGGCUUAACAAAGUGGACAAAAACAAGCCGUCUAUACAGAUAGAACUGGAAGGCUUAUACUGGCAUUGUGUCCCAGAAUGCAUGACGAUCUCACUUGGCGGCUCUUCCUUUUUAAGCAAACUACAUGUUGCAGUCGAGAGCUUUAGACGACUCUCGCCGUGAUGCAUCUCUGGCUUGUGGGGAGGAAAAUGAAUGUGUUUGGAAGGAAUACAAAGGAACAAA